AUGACCAAGCUCGGCCUCGAGGCCAAAGACCUGGAGCCAACCCGGACGACCUUCCACGGCAUCGUUCCCGGCCUCUCCUGCUCCCCGAUCGGCCGGAUCCGGCUCGACGUCCUGUUCGGCGACAGCAGCCACUUCCGACGCGAGCCGAUCUGGUUCGAGGUGGUUGACCUGUCCAGCGCGUACCAUGCGCUGCUGGGUCGGCCCGCGCUCGCCAGAUUCAUGGCGGUUCCCCACUACGCCUACCUGAAGAUAAAGCUGUCGGGUCUGAAGGGCCUCAUCACCAUCACCGGCGACUACCGCAAGUCCAUAGAGCGUGCCCGAGACGGCACCAAGCUGGCCGAGUCGCUGGUCGUAGCCGAGGAGCGGCGCCAGCUCGACCGGAUCGUCGCCUUGGCCCAAGAAGCAUCGGCCGUGCUCGUCCCGGCCGACGAGACCUCGUUGAAGCCCUCCAAGGAGACCAAGAAACGACGAUAA